GAGGAUUAAUACCAGUCCUGCUGAAACAGUAUGAGAAGCUGGAGCCGCCCAAACGAAGGCAAAAGAUGAAUAACAAACAUGAGCAUAGUACAUUCGAUAUGUAAGAGCAAGACUAAAUAAAAGUAAAAUGCGGCAUGCUUCAAAACUGCUUUGGGUGGAGUGAGCAGAAGUCAUCUGGCAGCUGGUGGUGUUCUACUUCGCCAGUUUCAAUCAACGACAUCAUGGUGGAGGAAGGUACUUCAGGUAAUGUAGUUAUGCUGUCUGCUUGCGUGACGGUGACCUCAUUCGAAGAGCGUAUGAGUCAAGUGCCGUUUGUAGAAGUUGCUGGUCAAUACGAGGUUGAGAUCUCUAACUCUAUCAGAACUAGUCUCUACGGGUACUACGGACCCACCAGGGACCCACACAUGACAUGAGUGAACUAACCACCAUCUAAAACAACCACAGCAAAUGCCCCCGAGGGCGGCGGGCGUGGGUCGACGUAUAAUGCGGCUACGAACACGGUUACAGCGCCUUUUCGGCGUCGGCGCCAUUCUGUGGAUGGGCGCGGCACAUCUGAGAAACUCAAUGCGAAAAUCAAAGCAGAGACUAGCGUUCUCAUAAAACGAUUCAAGGACCUAAGGCUACUGGCUGAUGCACACUGGCAUUGCAGCAGCAAGUACUUAACUAGUGUGUUUAAGAUAUAACACAAAUGUUUAAGAUAUUUGUGUAAAGAAGAUAGCACAAAUGUCAAGUCGAUUGGAUUUUCGAUUAGAGCUUGUAAGUGUACUUAACUACAGCUAACUAGAUAUGCUAAUAAUAUCUAUGGUAGGUUAUUAAUGGUGUCCUAGGCUCUGCGAGUUGAAGCUCAGGCUCUGCGAGUUCUUUUGUUUAAUGAAAUAUCUUGUCUUUGAUCUUCCUCGGUUCAUCAAAAUUAAUGGUCGUGUCCUCAUUGUUUACAAGCAAGACCACCACCACCACCACCACCACCACCACCACCACCACCACCACCACGUGACUUGAACACCGGAUCUCUCAGCCUCGACGCAUUCCAACUCGGAACGCUUAAAAUGGAGUUGAAGAGACUUCAGAGUGGCUGUGCGACGAUUGGAACCUUGGUUCAAGUACUAGACCAAGGUCAAAACUUACGUCGUUGGGCCGACGCACAUAUUCAGAUGAUCAAUCUGGUGGCGAAAAGGUAUAUUAAGGGAUACAGAAGUGUGUUAUGCUGGCGCACAUCCAGCAUGAGCUUUUCAUCACUUAAAGUCAUUCUCUUUUCUUCUGAUGUUGAUUAGACACUGUGCAAGACUUUCACAUUUAGAAGUAGAUGUAGUCCUUUUGAGUCAAAAAUGACUCUUUCAUUCUUUCAUAUCCCCUUUUCGAUAAGCACGCUGAACGCUGAUCCACAACUUGUUCUUAUAGAUACUUAUAGAUACUUAUGUCUUCUUAUACAUACUUAUGAUCCUUCCUCAAGUUGUUCUUAUAGACUUCUUAUGUCUUGCUCUUGGUCGCGGCUCUGCUCGUGCGCUAGGUCACAGAUGUUCAGAUUUCUCUUCGUCAGUACAUAGGUGAAUGUUGAACAAGAGAUCUCCUAGUUGUCCUUUUACUUGUACGCGGACCAGUUGUUGUCAUCAAUCCCAGGUUCUACGAAAAAGAGCAACAGACCAAGCAGCAGUCGGGCUCACCCGACAAGGCACGCUCUGGCACUGCAACGGCUUAUUCCGCAGAGCAGACUCGCUCACUGUUGGGUUGCGGACCCUUCGAUGGGAUUACUUUCGAUUAUGGGCGCACACGCAAUUAGAGACUACUGAGUUUGCUGUUUCACUGAUGUUUCCCUCUGGUGACAGGAAGUUUAUCCUUCACGACCUUGGACACCACCAGUAGAUUCCACAUGAGAAUUGGAAUGCCAACAUUCCCCUCUAACCCCUCGUAAAAAUGAAAGACCGACAGGGGAUAGAAUCAGUUCUCAAUGCUGGCGCUGACCCCAUGGCCACCGAUAAGUUGCGCAAAACCUGUGCGCAUGACCUGGCUUUGGCCGGAAUCCUUCCAUUUCAGACAGAUACGUGGCAUGCAGUGAGACUGCAGAGCUUGAAGUUAGGGUAGUGGUUGAAGAAAGGCAGUCGUUUCCCGUCAGAUGUCGUCUACAACUGUUUUUCUUCCAAGACAACUCCUGAAAAUUUCUUCUAACCUCCAAGCGCGGCGCGGACUUGCGAACUUCUCGUGACUGUUAUGGGCGAGCACCGAUUCUGAUCGCAUUGGAGGAACAUAAUGUGGCGUUCUUGCGUGCCAUCUUGAGGGUGGAGCUUGGCGAGGACUGGGGAAUGCGGGUUUUUCGCAGGGUGCCUCCUUACAACGAAAAUGGCGCAAUGAUGAAGAAAACCUUGCAGAUUCAACAUUUGUUAAGCAAAAAUGCUUCUUGUGGUCCAUUGCUUUCGUCUUGGUCUUCCUUAAUACCUGUUCCCAAGAAGACCUGUUCCCCUUUCAUUCCCAACAAAGCAGAUCAUGCCAGUCUUCAGAAUUACCAAGAAGACCUGUUCCCCUUUCAUUCCCAACAAAGCAGAUCAUGCCAGUGAAAUUGAAGGAGUAUCAGCAGCGACGGGAAGAAAAACUACAGCAACGUCGGAACCGAAGCUCUGGUGCUUCCCCAGGAAGACGAAAUACCAUCCUCUCCGAUGUGAGAUCACCUGUUAUUAUGAGAACUUCAAGUUCAAGUUCUCUAACAUCCCCUUCCAAGAGUCCAGCAUCAUCUACUUUUCAGCUCUACAACUCACCUCUUCUAACCUGUCGCCCAAGAGUCCAGGGUCUCCAGGGUCGGCUGCGGCUUUGGCAGAAAAAGUCGAUCCGAAGCAGCAUUAUUUGGACGAAUUGAGGGUGUACAUGUUCGAUAUGCAACCGAAGGUAUUGACUAUUGAGGGUGUACAUGUUCGAUAUGCAACCGAAGGUAUUGACUAGCUACUUACUCUUUAGCGAGGACUAGUAUCUAUAUGAUAGGUUUUAUGCAGUCGAAGCAGGUGUUGACUAGCUUUUCUUCACCCUUAGUAAAGGAAGUAGGGUGUAGAGGUUUCUUUUUUACCUAAAGCUACAAUAACCUUGUCACCAGUCCUUAGUUUGCAUGCUGUAUGUUGCCCGAAUCGCAACGUCCCUACUUUACAUCAGAAUGUUAUUUAUACUAUCUUCACACUUAGUAAAGGAAGUAGUGCUGCACCUUUCUCCGUUUUUCUUGGAAUUCAUUGAUGCGACUAGCACUAAAACUCAUGUUUGUUCCUUAUUAAAGGAAGUAGUAUGUAGAGGUCUCUUUUUUACCCCUGGAGUGGGUACUUACAUUCCCUCAUUCCUUCAUUCAUUCACCAGGUCCAUCCCCGUGCGAUUACGCGACUACAGCCUCAUGGAGCACAGUACAGCUUAUACCACUGGGCUGCGCGAGAGGGCAAUCUAG